CUCGGAGACGACGACGGAAACGCGACGGACGUCCGGGUGCACCCUCACCGGCCGAAAACAACCUACCCUGCGGAGCUCGAUCCAGGCUGGUAUUUUAUGAUAUUCUCAACGGCGGAACUCGUGACGCUCACCGCCUUCGGGCUCUCCCACGUCGGAACGCCCGACAGGAACAAUUACCAGAGAAAAUUCGUUUUACGAGAACGUAUUUGACAUGUUCGUUGAUACCCUCACAGGCGAACCGCAAGAGAACCCGUUCGUGCCGGCGUCGUUCGACGACUACGACCCAGAAUCUCUCGGACCAGAACCGGAGAGGGCUGACCCUCGCCCAGGGAACCGGACGCUCUCAUCCAACACGAGCAUGGACCUCCUCCCUCCGGACCUCCUCCCUCUCGCCUCCGAAGUGACAUUUGACCUCAUGAGAAACGUCUCGGGGCCCGAGGCACUCGUCUUCUGGUCGUUGGAAAUGCAGAAGUACAUGAACACCUCGGCGGACCCGUGCGCGGACUUCCACGAGUUCGCCUGCGGGAGCUGGGGCCUCCACCACCACCUCUCGGAGGACAAGGCGGUGAUGGACACCUUCGAGAUCCUGAGGGAGAAGGUGGACCACGCGCUGAGAGACAUCCUGGAGCAGCCGGAGGAGGUGGAGGCGUACAUGCGCGCGAACGUGGAGGCGAAGCGGUUCUACCGGUCGUGCAUGGAUACGGAUCGCAUCGAGCAGCUGGGCGCGUCGCCGCUGCAGUCCCUGAUGCGGGAGCUGGGGGGCUGGCCCGCGGCGAGCGGGGCCUGGGACGAGGAGGGCUUCGACUGGCUCCAGCUCCUCAUCCGCCUCAGGGGGCUCAACAACAUGGUCCUCAUCAGGUCCUAUCUCGGGAUCGAUCCGGGGAAUCACUCCGACUAUACCUUUUUCGUCGACGAGCCAACGCUGGUGAUGCCGACUCGCGACUAUUACCUGGAGAAGGAGUUCGCCCACGUGCGGGACGCGUACCUGGAGAUGGCCGUGAACCUUACCGUGCUCGUCGGGGGCUCAAUGGAGAGGGCGAGCGUGCAUGCACGGGAGAUGCUCCGCUUUGAGACGAGGCUCGCUGAGCUGCUGACGCCGGCGGAAGAGAAGCGCGACUACCGCGAACUCUACGCGAAGAUGACGACGGCGGAGCUGCGCGAGAACGUGACGUCCGAGAUCGACUGGCUCCGUUACUUCCGGGAGAUCUCGGAUGGCCGCUUCAACGAGUCGGACUCGAUCGUCAUCUACUCGCCGGCGUAUUUUCAGAGGCUGGUCCAUCUGCUCCGGGAAACGCCGUCCUGGUUUGUCGCUUCUCGAUGUUGUCUACUGUACGAGGUAGACGGUCGUGACCGGCUGACGCUGAUUCUAACCAUGUUCUAG